AAUGUAGUAUGUUAUUCCAGCUUUUCCUUGUUUUUCUUCCUUCCGAUAGAAAAAAAUAAAUAAGUAUGGAUGUUUCUUAAAAAAAAAAGAAAGAAUUUAAUUCUGCAAGAUAAAGCUGUAUGAUAGUAACAAUAACAACACAUAUUUUCACUUAUUCUCACAGGCCAGAUGCUCUUUUGUAGGACGUCCAAUCAGAUUGUUUUGAUGUUCAAAGGGGAGCAAAACUUGCUUCUCAUCCCUAAACUGUCAAAUACAACCCAUGAACCCACCGGAUUGGACUCCACAACAUGAACUACGUCCUGUUCGCUCAAGGGCACAGGCACCAAUCCAGCCCCUCAAGGUUACACGUGUAUUGUUUACCAUUUCCCUCUUCUGUUGUGGCUUUUGCAUUACCCUGACCUGGCUCAUCACCAGCUCAGACUAUGUAUAAAGAGACAGCCCAGAUAGCUGAGGCAGCUCUCAUCACUCGGACCGCUCGCUGGGUUUGUGCUUUUAAAACCAGCUUUUUUAUGGAUUUGAUCUCUGCUUGUUAACGGGCGAUGACUCCUGUAGGUUUGAACGCCAUGGACCUGGUCUCCAUGUCCCCAAACGCCACCGCAGUGGGGUCACCGGGGAUCUCCAUGGCAACCAGAACCCUAAUCCUGCUUGUCUGUCUGCUGCUGGUUGCAUGGAGCCACAAGGACAAGAAAACUGUACCAGGUCCUUGUUUCUGUCUGGGUUUGGGGCCACUUCUGUCAUAUGGGAGAUUCAUCUGGACUGGUAUCGGCACCGCCAGCAACUACUACAACAACAAGUACGGAGACAUUGUGAGAGUGUGGAUCAACGGAGAGGAGACCCUCAUACUCAGCAGGGCAUCAGCGGUGCACCAUGUGCUGAAGAAUGGACAUUACACUUCACGUUUUGGGAGCAAGCAGGGACUCAGCUGCGUCGGCAUGAAUGAGAGAGGCAUCAUAUUCAACAACAACGUCACUCUGUGGAAAAAGAUACGCACCUACUUCACCAAAGCCCUGACAGGUCCGGGCUUGCAGCAGACAGUGGAGGUCAGCGUCUCCUCCACACAGACUCAUCUGGACGACCUGGACAGUUUGGCUCAUGUGGAUGUCCUCAGUCUGCUGCGCUGCACCGUAGUCGACAUCUCCAACAGACUCUUCCUGGGCGUACCUGUCAAUGAAAAAGAGCUGCUGCUGAAGAUUCAGACAUAUUUUGACACGUGGCAGACUGUGCUGAUCAAACCAGAUGUUUACUUCAAGUUUAACUGGAUUCACCAGAGGCACAAGACAGCAGCCCAGGAGCUGCAAGACGCCAUAGAGAGUCUUGUGGAGCAGAAGAGGAGAGAUAUUGAGCAGGCAGAUAAACUGGAUAACAUCAACUUCACCGCCGAGCUCAUAUUUGCACAGAACCACGGCGAGCUGUCUGCGGAGAAUGUGAGGCAGUGUGUGUUGGAGAUGGUGAUCGCAGCACCAGACACUCUGUCCAUCAGCCUCUUUUUCACACUGCUGCUCCUCAAACAGAAUCCAGAUGUGGAGCUGCAGCUACUUCAGGAGAUAGACACUGUUGUAGGUAAGAGACCGCUCCAGAACGGGGACCUUCAGAAGCUGCAGGUGCUGGAGAGCUUCAUCAAGGAAUGCUUGCGCUUCCACCCUGUGGUGGAUUUCACCAUGCGUAAAGCCCUGUCUGAUGACAUCAUAGACGGCUACAGGGUACCGAAGGGCACAAAUAUCAUCCUGAACACCGGCCGCAUGCACCGGACAGAGUUCUUCCUCAAACCCAAUGAAUUCAGUAUGGAAAACUUUGAGAAAAAUGCUCCUCGUCGUUACUUCCAGCCGUUUGGUUCGGGCCCUCGCGCCUGCGUCGGCAAGCACAUCGCCAUGGUAAUGAUGAAAUCCAUCCUGGUGACGCUGCUCUCCCAGUACUCUGUUUGCCCCCAUGAGGGCCUUACCCUGGACUGCCUCCUGCAGACCAACAACCUCUCUCAGCAGCCUGUGGAGCAUCAGCAGGAGGCCCAACAACUCAGCAUGACAUUCUUACCCAGACAGAGAGGAAGCUGGCCAACACUCUGAAACUCGUUGUACCCUUACAUUUAUAUACAGAAUAUAUAUACUUAUAUACGAUCUCUACUACUUCUUUUAUAUUAUCUCAUGACUGUACAAAGCUAAGUUUUAUAUUUUGGUAUGUAUUAAAAAUUGUAUUUCUACUUGAACUAUUAUGCAUUAUGUGAAAUGUAAGUUUAGGCAUGCUAAUACUGAAGUAAAUGUAAAUUAUUGUGCCAAUA